AUGGCAGAGCCGGGCCCAGAGCCGGGGCGCGCUUGGCGGCUGCUGGCCCUGUGCGGGGCUGCGGUGUUUCUGGCGGCUGCCGCGGCCGGAGGGGCGCUGGUGGCCUGGAACCUGGCGGCCUCGACGGCCAGGGGUACCCGCUGCCCUGAGCCCGAGCAGGUGAACGCAACGGUGUGGCCCCCAGACUCAGCGCCUGAGAUCGAAGAACUUAGGCGGCGGCUGGCCGAGGCUGAGCAGCGCCAGGAGAGCCUGGCCGGGUGGCUGCAGCGCGCCGAGGGCGACAGGAGGGAGCUGGAGGUGGCGCUCAAGGCCUGCAAGGACCGCCAGAACCGGCUUCAGACCCAGCUGAAGACCCUGAGGAUUGAGAUGGAUGAGGCCAAAGCCCAAGGCACGCAGAUGGGGCUACAGAAUGGAGAACUGACAGAAGCCUUGGCGCGUUGGGAGGCAGCAGCCAUUGAGUCCAAGCAACAGCUGGAAGCGGCAAUACAGCGCGCAGGCGCAGCAGAGGCAGAAGGCGAAGCUUGCGUUGGCCGGGAGGUGGCGCUGAGGGAGCACAUUUUCGCCCUGGAAGCCGAGCUAGCUGACCUGCGAAGAGGAUCGCGCCCCCGUCCCCGCUCAAGACCCAGGUCCAAGCCCAGCAUCCGCUCCCGCCCGAGGUCUGGAUCCACUAAGAGCUGCCGUAGGCCACCUCGUGACCCUCAGUAGGACGGGAGCCUUGGGCCAGGACUGACAGCGUGGGUGAGAGACGUGACCCACAGGGUCCACGCGCAGUUUUCCACCCACGACGGCCUAGGUGGCAGCGCACAGAGAGACUCAGUCCUCCUCUCUGAGCACACAGUACUAGAUCAUCACCACAUAGGGAAACUGAGGCUCAUUUUAUCCGGCCGCGAUGGUCCUGGUAACCACGCUGCGAGGCUCGCCCUGUAGGAACGCACAGAACUCCCGUGGGAUUUCAACAGAGAACCGAGGCAUACUCCAGUAAGAAGGUUUACAAAUUCUUAGAAGUCAUAAGAAUCAGGGCCUGGAGCUUGGACAGUGACCCUGUUCUGGAGGAGAUGCCCACAUGACAAGAAAAGACAGUGUAGGAAGUAAGAAGGGGCGCUGUCUGGGUCACAUGGAGGGAAGGGGCUCUCUCUGGGUCUCAAAAAAAAAAAAAAUCAUUGAAAGAUCGAUAGUUCUCCUCCCACCUCCCUUCCUGAUUCUCCCUCCCCUCUUUCCUCCCUUCUUUCUCUUUCCCUUUCAACUGUGUCUUAUGUAGCCCAGGCUGGCCUCAGACUAACUGUAUAGCUUUGCUGCCCUGGACCUCCUGACCCCCUCUCCCCCCGGGCUGGGAUUAAAGGCCUGCAUCACCAGACUCUACUCAACAAUCUCAUGGUGCUUAGUUUCGCGAUAUAAUUCUUACAAUUCAUGUUUAACAUAUUUUUCUGAGACAUCUUCCUAUGUAGCUCAGGCUGGCCUGAAACACACUGUCCGGCCCCCGCUGUGAGUGCUGGCUCUAUGGGUGCACUUCACCACGCCUGGCUCGGUUUUCUUUGAAACUGCUUGUCCACAUUUGAUGUGAUUAAUAGUGAUGAUAUCUGGAUGUCUUCCAUCCAGAUUCCUUUCUUUAUUCUUCCUCUGUUUCCUUUUGUUCCAUGGCGCUGGCGAUCGCCCCAGUGUGGCACACACCAGUCAACACCUCCAGGCUCAAGUCUCAGAUCUGUGGAUCCUGAGGCUUUGUUUGGGAGCUGGAGAACAGGCUCAGCGGCUCUGGGUUGCCUCCUCAGCACCCAGGGGUCAUCUCAAAAACACCCAGAACUCAGUCCCAGG